CACUUCUGUCUGCCUUUAAAUGUCUUGCUAUGUAUACCUAUAGUUACGUACAUAAUUGUAUCUCUAUAUAGCAGUUCAGCUGCUCCAAUCUCCUCACCUACUUCUCCGUAUUAACUUUACAGUUUCUGGAGAGGGACUGUGAUUGAAUCUAGAGAGAGAAAGUGGGUGGCUCUAGAAAGAAAAAAUGAUUGAUUCUAGAGAGGGAAAGUAGGUGAUUCGAGGGGGGGGGGGGAGAGAGAGAGAGGGAGAGAGGGGGAGAGAGAGAGAGAUGCCACUAGUGAGAGUUGAGGUGAGGAAUGAGUACACGUUAGGAAUGAGGGAGGUGUAUAAAGAUGAAGAUGACCCGAAAGCACUGUUAGAGGGAGUAGUUGUUGCUGGACUUGUUGGCGUUUUACGACAAUUAGGCGAUCUCGCUGAAUUCGCAGCAGAUGUGUUUCAUGGAUUACAAGAACAAGUGACGAAUACAUCAUCCAGAAGUAAUCAGUUAAAGAUUCGUGCACGAAAAAUUGAAGCUGCAGUUUCUCCUCUUGAAAAAUCUAUAUUAUCUCAGAGAAGCCACUUACACUUUGCUUACACAACUGGUUCCCACUGGCAUGCACAUAUUCAAAGUGAACGAAAUCACUUCAUAUAUAGUGACUUGCCAAUUUUUGUUAUGGAUUUAUACGGAAAAUGUCGUAGACCUCCACACCUGCAUUUGCUAGACAAGUUUGACACUGGUGGCCCAGGAUCUUGCCUAAAGAAAUUUUCAGAUCCAGCCUUUUUUAGGAGAGAAUCGGCUGGUUUUGAUGGAGCAUAUGCUGAAAAUUUUUCAAGGCAUAAGAAGGCUCGUAAAAGAAAGAAGAAGAAGAGAACAUGGGUUCCGGACGACGACGAACCGCAGAGUGUUAAUCAUGGCACACCAACAUCCAGUCACAGCGGCAGAUUGCAUUACGCUUCUCAGAACUUUCAUUCUCCGUCUCAGACCGUCUCGACAUAUGAUGCUGCAAAACAAUUUGAAAUAGAAACUCAUUUAAUCCCUUCAUAUUCAAGAAAUGCAGAACCUGAAGAGUAUGUUUUUAAUCCAAGUAACACUUCAAAGUUUGACGGAUGUGAACCUGAGGAAAUCUCUUCUCGGUGGAUGAUGAAUCAUAGUGAUAACUUUGACACAUUUUCUCUUGAUGAGCAAACCAGAGUUGUAGCUAAUGAUGUUCAGGAACAAACUGGUGCAGCAUCAUCUUGUAUUACUUGGGAUGAAAAGAUAGAAAUAGUGGAACCUACAGGACCACAAUAUCAUUUUAAUGAAAAUGUGUAUGGUCACCCUACGAAUUCUGACCCAAUUCUUUUAGAGGGGGAUGCUUCUAAUUUUGAAACUGAAUGCUGCAGUAACAAAAGCCCACCAAAAUCAGUCUGUGCUGCACAUCAAUUUGAUGAGUAUGAGAGUGACAUAGACAUUUACAUGGAUUCACGUAAUACCAUGGAGUCAGAAUCUGAAACUGAUUUAGAAUGUCAAACGAAGCGAGAAGUGGAGCAGUAUUCAGAUAUGAACACCAUAGCAAUCGAUGAAAAUCUAAAUAGGAUUAACCCUGAGUACAUGGAAAGCAAUUCUGCAAAUGCUCCUACUCAUGUUCCACCUCGUAUCUCCACAGAUGGUGAUAUUUCAGACAACCACCACCACUCAUUUGUCCUUGAAUCUAGCUCUGUCCUAAGCAAAGAAAUAUCCACUGCUAAGCCCAUUUCCGUAACCCCAGUAUGUAAUGCACAGGUACAGUCUCGUGACACAGGCAAAUCUUCAAUUCUGGACAGUCUGUCUUCUAGUGAGUUAAUCGAUAGUGAUGAUAUGACUAGCUCCAAAACAGAAACUGCUGUCAGAAAUUUGUCGUCCUUUGACUCGAAUGAACUAGUAAUUCAGGCUUUAAACAGUGAUAAAGUCUUAAGCAAUGCAUAUGGGUCACAAGAUUCUCCGUCACUGCCUUCUGUUACUGGAACAAACUUUUGGACAAAUGGUGGACUACUGGGGCUUCAACCAUCAAAACCCCCUGACUUCAGUACGCCAGGUCCUAUGAAUCAUGACUCCAUGGGUCCAAGCCGAGGUAAAACUUUUGAGGGCAAUAAACUUGCACCAGAAACCGAUAUCUCUGAGGGUUUUAAAGUGCCUAAACAGAAAAGUAGCUCUAAACACUGCAUAUCGCUCUAUAAUGAUCAGGAAGAUAGUACCUCUGUCAUGAAAACAUCUUUGAGUUCUUCACAAACUCAUUCAGAAAGUAAAAAUCAACAUACUGCCAUUUGUCAGCAUAAUGAUAGUCAGUUCCAGAAUCUACUUUUCUCUGAAGCCAGUAUUAUGAUACCUGGAACUAAAAAACCGGAUAAUCUGAAUUUUGAAGCUGCUAAAUCUCUUGGAUAUAUUGACAAGAAUUCAUCUCGGAUUUUUGAAUUAAGCAAUGAAGUACUUGAUAACAGUCAAGGUAAAGUAUGUUUUUCUCUUGAGGACAAUCCUCUCAACUCUUUCACAAGUGGUAUAUCUGAAAGAAAUAGUGUGCAUCAAACAUUUCAAACCUUCUCUGAUAGGAUCUUCACAGAGCAGUUUGGAACUAAAUUUUCAUUCAUAUCACCGUCAUCUUCUCCACCGCUUGAACAUAUGAAGAUAUCUUUUCAGCCUAUAGAUGGAUUUGAGGUAUCAAAGCUGAAACUGGAUUUCCCUGGUGGAAAUGAGUCUCUAGAAGGUGGUAGAGAUGUCUUUCCUUCUUUUCAACUAGUCCCAGAAGUGUCUCUUUCAUUGCUGGACAUUAAUUCAGACUCUGAUGACACUUUUUGUGAUUCAAAUUCUCACGGGUCAGAUGAUUCUAUCACUCAUUACUCAGUGUCAUAUUUUGAAGAAUGGGGAACAAUAGAAUAUCCUAAAUGCGAUGAUAGUGAUAUGUCUGAUGCUUUAUGCAUAAACUCAAUAGAAUCAGUUUCAAGUAACUUGGAUUUUGGGAGAAUUGCUCCGGGAGUAAUCACCAGCAAUAGUGGACUUCCAAAUCUAUUUUAUGAGAAAGUUAUGGAACAUUCAGAAACAGAUCUUCCAAGUUUUGAUACUUUAGAUGAUUCAAUCAAUGAGGAAUUACAGAAUGAUUCUAAAGCAAAGAUUGAACUGGAUUCAGGACCACUUAAGGAUUCCACACUGUCACCUACUCUCCCUCCAACAGAGUGCGGUAUGAACGAAAAUCCAGAUAUGGCAACUGAGAACCAAGUUCCUUCUGUUAAAGCCCUAAAACAUGAAUUUGAUCAGAAGCUUCAAUUUUCCACAAUCUCCCACCAACAGAAAGUAGAACCAUUUAAUCAUGGAAAUAUGGAGACAAUUGGAUGUACGAAAAAUAAAAAGCAUCCAGAUGGCCAGAAGCUCAAUUUACAGAAGGAUUCUAAUCAGUCCCCAAACAGCAAGGUGACAGAUGAAAACGAAGAUUUCCUUCAACAGAUUAGGUCAAAAUCCCUUAGCCUUAGGCGCACAAUAAUCGAACGGCCUAAUCUUGGUCCGGGAGUGCCUACAAAUGUUUCGGUCACUGCAAUUUUGGAAAAGGCAAAUGCGAUUCGCCAGGCUGUUGGAAGCGAUGAUGGGGAAGAUAACGAUAGUUGGAGUGAGUGAGCGAGCCAACAUGAUGUGUUGUAAUUUAAAGUUUAUCGGUGAUGCACUGAUGCUCUGGUAUAUGUGUGAAUAGUUACACCUCUAUAUAUUCAUCUGUACUUAUUUUGUAGGGUAUAUGUUGUAUCGUUUUCAGGUUUAUUUUCUAAAAUAGCAUGACUUUAUGUUGUAAUAAGUUGGAUCAGACAGCUAGUUCCACUACAUUGUAAUUCCUAAUUCUGCAUGGUGCCUAAAAUAAUAGAUAGCACCUAGCUUCGCACUUAUUGAAUUCAUCCCUUCUGCCGUUGCAAGUUAUACAAUGACUAACAGAAUUUAAAGUUUC